CGGCAACGCCCGAUGGCUGACUUCAACUCAACCCCGUCGACCAGUAUACUUACAACUUCAAGCAUAGAACAAGAAACCGAUACCAUCAAAAAAAGUCUUCAAUAUGCGGAGGAACUGAAGCUCGAAGGAAACGACCACUUCCGCCAGGCCCAAUGGAAUGAAGCCCUCGUUGCCUACCAGUCUGGGCUCGGUCAUCUUCCAAAGCGCAGAUUCAAGAGCGUUUCCGAGCUACCAGAAAAUAUAUUACGCACCAAUGAUAAAGAUAGGGAGAUCGAUGAGCCAGAUGUAACUUCCGACAGGCCUGAGGUAGUGACAGAGAUGGAUAAAGAGUGCGCCAGAGCGCGAGCCGUGUUGAAUGCAAAUAUAGGAGCGUGUUUCGUGAAAAUGAACGAAUAUAAGCAGGCUGUUGAGGCUUGCUCCCAAGCUCUCGUUGAUGACCCCCAUUAUAUUAAGGCACUUCAACGACGCGCAGCAUCGAAUGACCAAAUUGGUUCUUGGACCUCACUUACCUCUGCUCAAGAAGAUUAUAACGCGCUUCUCAAAACAUUGCCGCCGAAUUCUUCACAGAUCAAGGAAAUUGAGCGAAGCCUGCAGCGUCUGAAACCUAGACUAGACGAUGUGCAAAAGCGCGAGACAGCAGAAAUGCUGGAAAAACUCAAAGGUCUCGGUAACAGUGUCUUGGGAAAUUUCGGUUUAUCGACCGACAAUUUCCAGUUUGUCCCCAACGGACAAGGCGGAUAUAACAUGAACUUUUCUCGAUGAUCGGCCAUUUAUAUUGCGGGCGGGUAUGUACAUUAUUAAUGGCUUAAUUGUAGAUUGGGCUCGUGUUGUUCACGGUCAUAAAAUCGUUCCCUUAGCUGCAGGACGGAUGCUUUCCUGCUCAAAAUGUGCAAGCCUGGCGCGCGCCGGAUAUCGUAAAUAAAGCUUAGACAGACUCCAGAAGCUGGGAUGAACUCUAGCGCAGAGUGGAAGGAUCUCAAUCUAAAUACGUUACAGGGUUACGGUAUAUCGUAAAGUCUCUUAGUGGCCGGAUCUGCAUUUGAAGAAUUAGGAAGAGAAAGUGGCAUAAGAUCAAUGAAUUCACCCUGGCUCGCACCUUGCCUUGUAUCAAGGCUAUUGGAAC